AGCUCUUCCGGCACUUGUUUACAAACGUUACAGCUCACUGAGAGGGGAGGAUACAGCAGCUCUGCCAUCAAACAACAGAAGAGAGGCUGAGUUAAAGCACAAUAGGUGGCUUCUAGCAGCUCUCUUCCUGCAGUUUGUGGAAGAAGUCAUUGUUUUUUUUUAAUUAUUAUUAUUUCUCCAUUGAGAGGAGCAGAUACCAUUUAUCAUCACCAUGGUGGUCUUCAAGAAAAUCAAGAGCUUUGUGCUGAGCUUCUCUGAGCCUGACAAGGUGUACUGUGGAGGGGAGAAGGUGACUGGAACGGUCCAGGUGGAGGUGGCUGAGGUGACCAGGGUGACAGCAGUCAGGUUCCUGGCCUGUGGAGUGGCCAAGGUGGUGUGGUCCUCAGGAUCUCAGCACUGCAAGCAGGAGAUGGAGUACCUGAGAUAUGAGGACACCUUGCAGAUGGAGGACCAGCCUACAGAUUCAGAUGGCUCUGUAAUUCUGAGACCUGGAAACCGCUACGUGUACAAGUUUGGAUUCGAGUUACCUCAAGGGCCUUUGGGCACUACGUUCAAGGGAAAGUAUGGUUCUGUGGAGUACUGGGUGAAGGCUUACUUGGAUCGGCCGUCCCAUCCUUCUCAGGAAGUCAAGAAAACAUUUGAAGUAGUGGAUUCUGUGGAUGUUAAUACACCAGAUUUGACGUGUCCAGUUUCUGGAAAAAAACACAAGAAAAUGACUUGUCUCUUCUUUCCUGAUGGACACAUCUCGAUGUCUGCUAGCAUCAAUCGCAAAGGAUUCUGUGAAGGAGAUGAAAUUUGUAUCUCUGCUGACUUUGAGAACACCUGCUCACGUAUCGCAGUCCCUAAAGCGGCCAUCAUAGCCAAACAUACAUACCUGGCCAACGGUCUUACCAAAGUCUUCUCUCAGAAACUCUGCAGGGUGAGAGGAAACCACAUCAUCUCUGGCAUGACCGAUUCUUGGCGAGGAAAGAGCAUCCGGGUCCCCAAAAUAAAGCCCUCCAUCCUUGGAUGCAAUAUUCUGAGAGUCGAAUACUCAUUACUGGUCUACGUCAGUGUUCCUGGAGCUAAGAAGGUGAUCUUGGAUCUGCCUCUCGUGAUUGGCAGCAGCUCUUCUGGAUUAAGCAGCCGAUCCUCCAGCAUGGCUAGCCAAACAAGUUCUGAAAUGAGUUGGGUUGAGUUGAACAUCCCAGGAACGCCAGAAGCACCUCCUUGCUAUUUGGACAUAGUUCCUGAAGACCACAGACUUGAGAGCCCCACUACACCUCUCUUGGAUGAGCUGGACUACAUCUGUGAAAGCCCUAUCUUCAUGUACGCUCCAGAGUUCAAGUACAUGCCUCCUCCAACCUACACAGAGGUUGAUGCCAACAAGAAUACCUGUGUGCAUUAAGCAGAAUGUGAAUCAGUCGUCUGGCUUAUUCUCGAGUUCUGAAAUGUGUCCUCACUUGACCUUUCACAAAGCACUGCAAAAAGAGGUCAUCUUGUAGCCUUUGAUGCAGAUUCCCGGGAGAAGGGACAUACGAGGUUGAACACAAUGCAAAAUCACUUGACUGUAUCUCACGCCAUCCAAAGAUACUAAUUGUUCAAGGAUGCCAAUGCAAACUAAGAUGGGGCUUGCCCAUUUCACCUACCACUGGGAUACGAGUGGGUGCAAAGUAGAUGAGUGGACUCCUAAAGUCUUUUUUUAAAAAGAAAUGUGCUAUUUUCUAUCACUCCAAAAUCAAAAGUCUGGUAUUAUUCUGAUUUUUGUAACGCCAAGAACACUUGUAAAUUUUAUACUUUCGUAUAGAGUCUUCAAUAUUUCAAUAGUGUAAGAGGCAAGCUUAACCUUUUCAUAUGGCUUUUUAUUACUUGUGCUAUUUUCGUUCUAAAUCACUCCAAACUGCAUUCCAACAAGUUAAAUAUGCCCGUUACUGUGGGUUUUCUCCCAACCAAGAUGGCUAGCAAGGAGUAUAAAGCAGUUUAAAUGCAUAUAUUUCCCAACUUGCUUAGACAAGCCAAGGCCUGCUCUUAUAGCAAACAUUCAGUAGAACCAUUAAAAGACAAGCAUGUGAAGACUGACUUCUAUGUAUGAACUGCUGCUUUUUGUAUUGUUAAAUGCAGUAUUAAUGUUUUUUUCGCACUUAUUUUGUAAUGUUAAGGUCAUUUUGUUAUUUUUUUUGUUUAUUUAUGGCAAUAGAAUGCAACCACUACAGUUUUGAUAGCUACCAAGUCUUUCCAAAAGCCAAUGCUUUGGCUGCAAGCAUUCACAUUUUCUAUCUAUACAUUAUCCGUGGGUAAAUCUAAGUGAACUUCUCAAAUUGAGCUCUUUGCAUUUUUAAGGAUCAAAAUCCUCACCGCUCAGGGAAUUAGUUCACAGAAUACUCGCCAAAUAAUUUUUAUAAAAAAGGAGACUAGAGACCUCUGUUGCAAGAGACCACAGUUUAUGUCAGCAGAGGUCCAAAACCGUUUAAAAACUUGGGAUUUAAAGGGCUUUUUCUAAAAAAAACAAUGUCUUUUGUUUAAAGCCAUAUAUUGUCAAUGCACUCUGGUCUCAUGUUGCUGCUGUAAAAGCUAUAUUUGGGACUUCUAGAAAUGGCUUUGUCUUGCAACAAUUUCAUAAGUGUUUUAAUGCAAUAUCUUGACCUAAAUGGUUUUCUGAUGCCUUUUCCCAAGUAUUUUGAGUUCUCUGCAGAGAAUGCACUUAAACUUUUUAUUUCUUUUUGUAAAUGUACUGUAAUUCAGCACUGCUUAAACACAUUUCCUUGGAGAAUGUAUUGCCCUGUGCCGAG